CGUUCCUCGCUGGUGGAGAUUGAUCCAGAAUUACCUUGCUCUCACCUGUUCUCGCGAACCUCCGGAACUUCGGAGCCACACUCUUGCCUCCGUCUCCUUUCUACCCGCCGAAUCCGCAUUCAUUCCUCCCAUCCUCAUCACCCAACAUGGCCAACCCCACCGGCUUCGACGUCAACGAAUUCAAGGCCGCGGCCUCCCCUCGCUCGGUCUACGCCAAGAGAGAUCCUUGGGCCCGAUAUGAAGCAUGGAGAUACACCGGCCCCUUCAGCCGAUUCAACCGCUUCAAGCGUAUCUUCCCCGGCUUCGGUAUCGCUAGCGUCGCCUUCGCCGGUUACUGCGCAUACGAGCACUUCUUCCUCAAGGACGAGCACCACCACGGUGAGGGACACCACUAAGCGUGCUUUCCGGGAAUGAGAUGGGGGAUGGGCCCGGUGUGGGAUGCAUGGAAGUCGAGGCAGAAGCACGGAUACCCCCGGUUAAGGAUGGACGCGGUUGCAAAGAUCAUGGGAGGAAUGUCUUCAUUGCCGUGGGGCUGGCUGUACGCUUUUGAUACGAGCUGGCAAGAAAGGCUGCACUGCCACUGCCGGGGGUUGGAUGACGAGGCUCUCGCUCUUAGAGAUGGCGCUUGGGAUGAUUGAUUUGACCGAUGUACAUAUCCUGUUUGUUCUGUUACACCAAAAUUGCUGGUCUUUCUUCUAUCUACUGGUCUAUGCUGGUCGUAGGGUUGUCUUUUCUUCAGCACAAUAUGCGG